GACCGCUUGGGAAAAGGUGAAUGGCUAAGAGAGAGAGGGAGGGGCAGAGACAGUGUCAGUGUGUGUGAAAAACCGUGCAUACAGGGCCGGAGAAAAAUCUUGGCCAGAGAUUUCUAAUCCCGUGAAUCUGUUGUGGGUUAUAUUUAUUUGUAUCUCUUGCAGUAAAUAAUUUUUCUUCUCUUCUUUCGUCUUUCCUCUCUGUUCUCGUUUCCGUUUUAGAGUCGAGGGAGAGAGCAAGCAAGGUUGCCGUAGCGGAUUUAUGUCGGCUGAGUUUGUUUUGGUGCUGAUCGGGGCUCUGUUGCAGCUCUGUGUUUUGGCUAUUGCUACUCCCUCUGCGCUGUUUGCUCUCGUCUUCUGCUGGCGUAUGUUUCUCUGCUGUUUCAGGCAGAGGUUGAAUCUGGUGCACCGUUCCGUUUCGAUGCGUUUGAGGUCAAAAAGGACUUGUUCUGGAGUGCAGUGUUUUGGGGCCUUUCAUAUAAAGCGAUUUUCUUUCCUCUUCUUGUUCCUGAGAUUGGGUCUCACUUGAUAGCUUGUGAUCCUGAGACAGAUUUUGCUCCAGUUUUUAAUUUCUUCCCAUUUUGAUUGCAAUUUCCUUGAGGUUUCUGGGUAUUUGAGGGGUUUACAAGAGAUUUUUCCUUUUUCUUUUAAAAAACAUGAGUGAGCCCAAGAAAAGACUUGCAAACCAAAACUUCUGCAAGAAAUCUAGAAAAGCCAAACUUCCAGUAGAAAUGAUGAGGAGAGUCCGUAUAAUCUGUUCGGAUCCUUAUGCUACUGAUUCAUCUUCCAGCGAAGAUGAGUCUGAGAGGUGCGAGAAGAGAGCUAAGAAACCUAAACGACUCGUCCGUGAAGUUCAUCUUCCUCUUGUGAAAUCAACACCCCCGAAGCUUCUUCAGAGUGAGAGCUCUUGUCAAGACAGUAACAAUGGGAGCAGAACCCCCAAAGUAAGCGAAGCCGAAAAGAAAAUGGUUUUGGCUAAAACUGCCAAGGCUAGGAAAAGGCCGUCAUCUUCCAAGUACAGAGGAGUUAGGCAAAGGAAAUGGGGAAAAUGGGCAGCUGAGAUUCGUGACCCAUUUAAAGGAGCCAGGAUUUGGUUGGGCACUUAUAAUACUCCUGAGGAGGCUUCCGAGGCUUACCAGAGAAAGAGGCUCGAGUUUGAAGCGGCUAUGACUGCCAAUGCCGCCUCUAAGAAGAGCAAUAACGAUGCGGCAUCUUCAUCUUCUGCUGUGGCAUCUCAGUCACAGAAAACCCACAUUCUGGGUUCUUCAGAAGACUCUGAAAGCGUUCUGUCUCACACUUCCCCGGCUUUGGUUCCGCCAUUGGAGACCUCUGCCUCCAACACCAAUGGGAAUAUUGUCACUGAUUCGUUCAAAGAAGAGGGUAUUGAUACUAAUGCCGAGAUUGAUUUGGUUGGUUUGUUGCAGAUACCUGAUGAUUUGGGACUCACAGGAGAAUUAUUUGAUCCUAUUCCAUUUGGUGAAGAGAUCGAUGCUGGGCGGGAGUUUGAUUCUCUAUGGUUUGAUUAUGAUAGGGAGGAGAUUUUCAAAGACUUCGAUGUUUGUGGGACUGAGGACGGUGGACCUAAUGAGCUUCCUGACUGGGAUUUUGCUGAUGUUUGCGAUGACUUUGCUUGGAUGAAUGAACCCCUCAAUAUACCCUGCCUAUAAGUUUUGCAGCUUAGGAACUAUUAUUACCAGCAGUUUUGUUUAGUGUUUUCAGAGUGAUGUUGUGGACUGCUUUUAAUUUAUUUAUUUAUUUUUGUUGCUAAGAGAUGAGAAAGGGAUGAGCCAACAUUGUGAUGAGAGAGUCCUCUGGGUUUUCCUGUGCUAUAUGAGCCGUCCAGAGGGUUCUCAAAACUGUCCUGGAGAGGUAUUUUCCCGAUGAAUGAAAGUUUUGGCUCAUUUCUUUAGCAUCUCUCUCCAUUGUAAUCUCAUGAGUAAGAAAAUGAACUGAAGUUUUAUGUGAUUUGCACCUUGAAA